AUGAGCGUCCAUGUUAGAAGCGUUGAACAAUUGGCAGACCUUGUCACGAGCGACUUGCAGGGAAAAGCUCGCUUGCUCGUUUGCAUAGCCGGUGUUCCUGGUGCAGGUAAGUCGACGAUGGUGGAGAAGAUCAUCGAACACCUCCGCACGAAAAACGUGGUUUCGAAAGCCCUUCCGCAGGACGGCUACCACUACUACAGGAGAGAGUUGGAGCAGUUUGAAGAUCCGCAAGAGGCGUUCAGGCGGCGCGGGGCCCCGUUCACAUUCAAUGCCGAGGCCUUUGUGAGUAGCGUUCGCAAGUUGCGCACCCACGCCACGGUCACAGCGCCGCUGUUUGACCACAGCAAAAAAGACCCGUCCGAAGGCGCGAUUGUGAUUGGGCCCGAGGUCCAGGUGGUGUUUAUCGAGGGAAACUACGUCGGCUUGAAGGACGAGCCCUGGGCGGAAUUGGACGCGGCGACCGACCGCUUAUGGAUGAUCCAGCAGGACCCGGGCUUGGUGCGGGAACGCCUCAUCCAGCGGCACGUUUCCAGCGGGGUCUGCAGGAGCUACGAGGACGCCGUCGAGCGCUGUGACGGGCUGGACUGGCAAAACGCCGUGUAUGUCAUGGAGAAUAGUAGGGCUCCGGACGUGGUGGUGACCCUCGGCUGA